ACAUGCUCAUUGUACAUGGGCGUGCAUGCGUGUAUGUUGUCCCGUUCACAUUUCGUAAUGUAAAAGCUUGCCAGUGAGUGUUUGUGGAGCAAGGCGUCGCCCAGUUUACCGAGGGGCUUGUGUGCACUCCGUUGACUCGGGUUCUUAAUUAUUGUGUAACUGUUCAACAAGUGAUAAAAACGCCGGAUGCCACCUCCUUCGACGCACAAGACACACAGAAAGUGACCUGCCGCACACGCUAGUAUAAUUUUGUCUGACAAGUUUCUCGGGAAUAACGCGAAAUAAAAAGACCACAUGUUACACAUCAGGACGGCAGCGGCAACUCCCCAUUACUGUUCCCGGGAUUCCAAGUGCAAGUUAACCCAAUGGGGAUCUUUUAUAAAGUGUGCAUUCUACUGACAGUGCUCCAUUCUACAGUCUCUCAAGAUUCAGAAGCUCCAGUCAUAUCAAACUGUCCCAGUGAUAUUACUGCUUCAGCAUCCAUCGGCCAGUCAGCAGUUGUUGUUAGUUGGGAUCCGCCAUCAGCAACUGAUAAUUCAGGAUCUGUGACACUUUCCAGUAAUGCCAAUCCUGGAGAUCUUUUCUCUAUUGGAAAUUCAACAGUUACGUACACUGCCACAGACCCAUCUUCAAAUAGUGCUACUUGCCAGUUUAUUAUCACUGUUCAAGAUGCAGUUGCAACGACAGCUGAAAUUACUACACAGGAGGAUGCCUCUCCAACAGAGCAAACAACUACAUUUCAAACAACUGAGGCAUCAACAGCGAAGGUAACAACAGUAUCUGCCACAACAGUGGCCCAACAAACAACUUUGAAUGAUGAAACAACACAAUUACCAACAAGUGUAAAAAGCACAACAGAGACUACAACUCCAGAUCACAUUAUAACUACAGCAGCACUGACAGCAAGUGAUGAAACCACCACUACAGUAAAAACAACAACAUCAACAACAACAGUUGGAGGCUCCACUACAGCUGAGGUAACAACUAAUCCAACUGCAGGUGUGACACCCACAGAAACACAGACAACUAGCAUUGACGCCACCACUGCAGCUGCGGCAACAACGGAAGAUGGCAACACUUCACCAGCUCAUACCACCACCACUGAAGCAACCCCUACAGUUGCAGCAACAACAUCAGCACAGACAACUACUGUUGAAGCCACUUCUACAGUUGGAGCCACAACAAUGGCUUCAGAUACCACUACAGUUGAGACAACAACCUCUUCUUCAGUGGACACAACUGCUGCAGAUGUGACAACCACAGCAGAACAGACAUCCAUUGCUGAGGCCACUUCUACUGCUGCAGUCACAACAGCAGGUGCAGGUACUACCACAGCUGAGGGAACAACUAGUCCUGUGGUGGAUACAACUGUUGUGGAUGCGGUAACAACAGAGGCACAGACAUCUUCUGUUGUAGACAGAACAAUCUCAGCAGAUACCACAACAGCUGAGGGAACAACUUCUUCUUCAGUGGACACAACUGCUGCAGAUGUGACAACCACAGCAGAACAGACAUCCAUUGCUGAGGCCACUUCUACAGCUGCAGUCACAACAGCAGGUACAAAUACCACCACGGCUGAUGUAAGAACUAGUCCUGUUGUGGAUACAGCCACUACAGAUGUGACGACCAGAGCAGCACAAACAACCACUGCUGAAGCUUCUUCUACGACAGGACCCCUUACCAGUACAGCAGGUGUAUAUACUACAGCUGAGGGAACAACCGCUUCAGUCGAGAAAACAACCACUGUUGAAGCAAUUACAACAGUUUCCACAACAACAAUGGCUGUUGAUACCACUAAAGAGAAUGUAACAACUACUCCUGUUGUGGAUACAACUUCUGCUGGUUUGGAAACCACAUCAGCACAGACAAAUAGUGUUGUAGCCACUGCUACAGUUCGAGCCACAACAAUGACAGCAGAGGUAACAACUAGUUCUUUAGUGGAAACAACUACUGCAGAUGUAACCACAGCAGAACAGACAAAUAGGGUUGAAGUCACUACUACAGUCGGAGUUACAACAACUAAAAUUGAACCAGCAAGCACUGCCUCAGGUGUUUUCAGUACCUCAGGUGCAGAUACCACCACAGCUGAGGUAACAACUAGUCCUGUUGUGGAUACAACUACCGAAGAUGUGACAACCAGAGCAACACAAACAACUAGUCCUGCAGAAACUACAAUUGAACCAGCAACCACAGUCUCGGGUGUUUUCAGCACCUCAGGAUGA